AUGAGCAGUGAAGUCACCUAUAAAGGAUUUGGCGUACAGUUACCUUAUAUUAUUGGAAACUUACACAUCCAGAAGCUAGCUAGCUACUUCCUAGUCAGGCACCAGUAUGCCUUUACUCUGGCUUGGGAUGGUACAUCUGCAGUGUAUAUCAAAAUGGCACCAGAGUACCUGGGCAAAACACAUGGACUGUGUGGAAACAACAAUGCUAUCCUGCAGGAUGAUCUUGAAACUAGUUAUGGAAAACUGACAGAUGAUGUAACAGAAUUCGGAGAGAGUUGGCAGGAAAAUCCUCCAGAAGGAACACCCAAUUGGGAUAAAUCUCUUCUCAAUGAACCACCCUGUUUGAUGCAAAGCCAUGAAUCUCUACAGAGGGCCUACACUCUGUGUAAUACCCUGUCACGUCCCCCGUUUGAACAAUGUCAUGAAUAUGUGAGUCCUGUUCCUUUUAUGGCAAGCUGCACCAAUGAUCUUUGCAUGUCAGCAGUUGAUAAUGCAACUUGGUGUCGAGCAUUAACUGAAUAUGCCAGAGCAUGUGCCCAAGCAGGAAAGCCACUUCAUGGAUGGCGAAUGCACUUUCAGCAGUGUGUGAUUACCUGUGCUGAACCCUUGACCUACAAUGAAUGCAUCAGCUGUUGCCCUGUUUCAUGUCAUCAACAAUCACAGUGCAUUGACAGUGAGCUUCCCUGCAUUGAUGGAUGCUACUGUCCAGAUGGCUUAAUUUAUGAAAAUGAAUUGUGUGUCAAGCCAAUGGACUGUCCUUGUGACUACCAUGGAAGUUUCUUUGAAAUAGGUUCAGUGGUUUAUGAGGAAUGUAAUAACUGCACUUGCAUUGGAGGAAAGUGGAUUUGUACAAAUCUUACAUGUCCAGCUGAAUGCUCGGUUUCGGGAGACGUUCAUUUCAUGACCUUUGAUGGGCGCAAAUACACUUUCCAAGCUACCUGCCAGUAUAUUCUAGCAAAAAGCCGUACAUCUGGAGCAUUUACCAUAUCCUUGCAAAAUGCUCCUUGUGGACAGAACCAGGAUGGAUCAUGUAUUCAAUCAGUCAGCCUUAUUCUUAAGCAGGACCCCAAGAGGCAAGUGACUCUGACUCAUUCAGGAGAUGUUUUGGUAUAUGACCAAUACAAAGUUAACCUGCCUUAUGCAGAUGAGUUCUUUGAAAUACGGAAACUCUCCUCUGUAUUUCUUCAAGUAAAGACACAUAUCGGAUUACAAAUACUGUAUGACAGAGAAGGACUGAGGCUUUACCUUCAAGUCGAUGGACGGUGGAAAGAUGAUACUGUGGGCCUUUGUGGAACCUUCAAUGGAAAUACGGAGGAUGAUUUUUUAUCUCCAGUUGGCGUAACUGAAAGCACUCCAGAGCUGUUUGGAAACACAUGGAAAACUUCAUCGGUGUGCAUUCUUGUGCAUGAUAGUUUGCAAAUGGAUCCGUGUGAUAUUCAUCUGCAGGCAGCCUCUUAUGCAGCGGAAGCUUGUAGCAUCCUUACAAAAGAACUUUUUGCUCCAUGCUAUCCCUAUUUGAGUCCCGUUCCCUAUUUUGAGCAGUGCAGAAGAGACACUUGCAAAUGUGGACAGAUUUGUUUUUGCUCUGCUCUGGCCCAUUAUGCUCAUCAUUGCCGAAGAUUUGGAGUUGUAAUAGAUUUCAGAGGAGGUGUCCCAGACUGCGCUCUUUCAUGUGAAGAUACAAAGGAGUACAGUACUUGUGUAUCUACCUGUGGCAGGACCUGCCAAGCACUGUCUGUGCCAGAGACAUGCAGCAGUGAUUGUGUUGAAGGCUGUGCUUGUCCCCCUGGAAUGUAUUUGAAUUCCAAGACUGAACGAUGUGUACAGAGAAACAAAUGCCCAUGUUAUUUUCAAGGAAUUGACUAUCCCCCUGGAGAAAACAUUAUGACAUCUUUGGGCAAAUGCCAUUGCAGGGAUGGAGUAAUGAAUUGUGAUAACAACAUAAUAGCGCACAGCUGCCCAGUUGGACAGAUCUAUAUUAACUGCAGUAGUCCACAAGUUGAUCCUGAACUCAGCAGAGAGAGAACUUGUGAGAAUCAGCUGCUAAACCUCACUUUCUCAGCACACCUUCCUUGUGUUUCAGGUUGUGUCUGCCCACUGGGUCUUGUUAAACAUGGGGAUGUGUGCUUGGAAGCAGGUGAAUGUCCAUGUUCAUGGAAAGGAAAGGAAUAUUUUCCAGGUGACAAAGUGAUUUCUUCUUGUCAUACAUGCAUUUGCCAGCAUGGAUCAUUUCAAUGCACCUUCCAUCCUUGCCCAUCAAUGUGUACUGCAUAUGGGGAUCGGCAUUACAGAACAUUUGAUGGACUAACAUUUGACUUUGUUGGAACUUGUAAGGUUUACCUAGUUAAGGGUACUACUUCAUCCAAUUUUUCUAUUAUUAUAGAGAAUAUUAACUGCUUUGAUACUGGAAUCAUCUGCAGAAAAAACAUUUUCAUUAAUGUUGGAAAAUCUUUUUUAAUAUUUGAUGAUGAAACUGGCAAUCCAAGCUUAUCUAGUUACAUAGACGAACUACAAAAAAUACAGUUAUGGAAAGCUGGAUUUUUCACUAUUGUUCAUUUUCCUGAUGAGCAUAUCACCAUUCUUUGGGAUCAGAGAACAACAGUUCAUGUACAGAUGGGUCAUCAGUGGCAGGGUGAAUUGACUGGAUUAUGUGGAAAUUUUGAUUUGAAGACAGUAAAUGAAUUGAGGACUCCAGAUAAUUUUGAAUUAACAAACUCACAAGAGUUUGGAAACAGCUGGACAGCUGUCGAGUGUGUUGACAGCUCUGACAUUCGAAAUCCAUGCAGUUUGAAUCCCCUUAGAGAGCCAUUUGCCAAGAAGGAAUGUGGAAUACUGUUAAGUGAAGCAUUUGAAGCUUGCCAUCCAGUGAUUGAUGUUACCUGGUUUUACUCGAACUGCUUGACAGAUACAUGUGGUUGUAACCAAGGAGGUGACUGUGAGUGUUUCUGUACGAGUGUAUCAGCAUAUGCUCAUCAGUGCUGCCAGCAUGGAGUUGCUGUAGACUGGAGGUCCCCUAGAGUGUGCCCUUAUGAUUGUGAAUAUUUCAACAAAGCUCUAGGAAAGGGCCCGUACAAACUGGUCAGCUAUUUGGAUGGAGAAUUUGUAAUGGCAGUGAAACUGGUGGAUGGUGUUGUUUUCCCAGUGAGAGAAGAACAUACUGCCCCUGGACAUGCAGUGAGCUUUAUGCUGACUUCAGGACUUUAUAAACCCAAAGCACAUGAUUCCAACUUGAUUUCAUUUGAAACAGCUGAGAGACCAAACUAUUUUCUUCAGUUGGCCUCCAAUAAUACUCUUGUUCUUUCUAAAUGGGAAAAAAGCGAAGAGUUUCACAACAGAUCCACAUAUGUCAUUCACAAGAAUACAUGGAUUUCAGGAUACAGUUCCUUUGAGUCAUUUGCAAAACCAGGUUACUUCAUCCACAUUUCAGGCUCUUCAGUUGAGCUUUUGAAGUACCAUCAUUCAGAGGAGUUCAGACUGUCAACCCUUUUUAAACUUGUAGAUGUCAAAUUUAAAUUUCUAUCCCGUUCUACAUGUGAAUGGCAUUAUGAUGCCUGUACAAGCCCUUGUUUCAAGACAUGCAGGGACCCCUUGGGAAAAAACUGUCAGGCAGUGCCAAAAGUGGAAGGAUGCAUCCCUGCCUGUCCUCUCAAUAUGUUGCUGGAUGAAAUUACUCAAAGAUGCGUGUAUUUUGAAGACUGUAUUGAACCUGCAGAUGAUAGUCCACCUUUGUCACCCAGCAUUCGAACACCAGCAGUUUCACACUUAGCAUCAAGUACAAGUUUGGCAGCGAUUAGUGAAGUGGCAACUUCAUUUCCCGUACCUGAAGCAAAAGACAUGGAAACAACACUUGGUUCAAAAUUGCAACUCACUGCAACUCCAAGAAAAACUGAAUUUUCACCUAUUACUUCUAAUACAACACUUCAAAUCGUAACUUCAUCAUCAAAUAUUUCUUCACAGUCAACAGAAAUGACAUCUGGGAAAAGCACUACAGCAAUGUCCAGGACAACAAAAUCUAAAGUAAGCUUGUCUUCUGUUGAUAUUUCUCCGUUGCUUCCAUCUACUGUCAGUUCAGAAACUUCCACAAAGAUACAACCAAUCAGUAGUGGUUCCACUACAGUAUUGAGGGCUACAGAGCCUCAGGCAGUAACAGCUACACAUGCAGUGACUACAAGCACAGAAUCAGAAAGCAAACCAAUUUCUACUUUGAUUUUUACUGGGGUACCACUUACACUUAGAAUAACAGAAAUGCCAGUCAAAACUAAAAUAAAGGAAGUACCAGAAGUAGCCACAAGAACACUUCCUGCAAAAGAAGCACAAGUGAAACCAGAAAGACUUACAACAUUUACACCCAUUUCAUUUGAAUCAAUAACAGAAAAAACUACUGUGUAUUCGCCCCAGUUUUCCACACCACCACCUUUGUAUACACCACCAGUAACUCUAACAGGGGCUUCAGAAGGCACAGAAAUAAGCCUAGGACAGUCUUCUAGCACAGAACCUAAUGUUACAGUAACAUCACUUUCUCCUGUGAUCACUACUUUGUUAAAACCCAUGUCUUCAGCAACAGCAAAGCCAGCCAUUGUUUUAACUGAACAGAGCAUGAAGACUACAUUUUCACCAACAUCCACACCACCUAUUUCAUUAGGAAAAGCAAUUACAAAACCUCCUAUUGAAAUGGUUCAACACCUAACUGGUACUGCAGAGGUACCUUUCACUACAGCUCUAGGUCCAAAGAUGACAACUCUGCAAACUCAAAAGAGAUUAUCAGAAACAACUUUGUUACCAUUUACAACUCAUAAAAAGGAAACUCCCAAAACAACAUCUCAAGUGGAGCAUAUGUCAAGUUUCUAUUUCCCUCGACAUUCACUACAUCCUAGUUCUACAACUGAAAAAUCCUUCACUCAUUCUACAAAAAGACCUUCAGUGUCUGCUCCUACUUCUUCUUCUCCAGCUUCAGGUGAAUUGAAAAAAACAUUCAAAACUGUUUCAACUACAGGAUAUCCCUCAUACAUAGUUCUAAACACAACAGAGUUCCUGACUAUAUUAUACACUAAAUAUCCCAUUGUGGCUGAGACUAUCAGUGUGACACCUUUGUCUGCUGAGGUAACGUCCAAAAUAACAUCCCCAUUUGAAUUAGAAGCCAAGUCAACUUUGUUUUCUGGAAAAACUUCUACCAAAUACAAGUCAACUCUGGUUUCAAGUACGGUGAAGACAAGCACUUCAGCAUAUUCAGGUAGUGUUACCACGUCAGCAAUUAAAACCUCAAUCUCAUCAAAAGAAACCACCACAGUUCCUUUCAUAGCUACAGAAAGAGUGUCAACUCAAAGAACAUCAGUCACUGGAUCUCCGCUUACUCUCCUUAGUGCAACUGAAACCACAUUGUUGACAACACAGCCUGAUAAAUCACAAGUGGAAAGAAUUACUAGCAUCUCUACUAGAAAGGCAUCUGCUUUCCCUUCUUCACCAUCAAGUUCUCUAAUCUCUUCAAACAUCUCUCUUCCUUCGCUACCCUCAUAUGGAAAAGAAGCAUCACUGACAGCUCUCAGUCCUGUGCAUACAUCCCAUGAAACAAUCUCUUUAUAUCCAAGAAAAACUACAGCAAAAUCUGAGUUACCAACAGAAAAGACCUCUCCAGUCCUGACUUUCUCUCUGUUACCCACUAUGACAGAACAGUCAAGUCCAAUAACAACAGUAUCUCACGACAAAUUGCCAGGCAAAGACAUUUUAAAUAUCACUAAUGCCACAUUCUCCCCAUCCUCUGAAUUCAGCAGUCAGCUCAUAACAACCGAAAAAGUAAUGACAGCCAAAGAACAAUCAACUCUAUCCUCUUCAUUUGUGCUUCCAGUGACAAAGUCGUCUUACACUUUCUCCACCUCUCAGUAUCUACCAGAUAAAUCAGUUUCUUCACCUUCUUUAACACAAGUGAUACCAGAAGUAACAACCACACCAAAAUAUCCAGGAACUAAAACAGUUUCUACAGCAUUGAAAUCUACAUCCCAAAGUAUAAUAGAUACAGUAAAACUUACAGCAGCUACAGCUCAGCCAUCCUUUCCUCCAUCUUCAGUAGGCCCCUCCUCUUGGCAGACAUCUUCAGGAGAUAAACUUUCAAUACAGACUGCAAAGACCAUGGCUAUACCACAUUUUUCUACUCAGGUGGCUAUGGAACUUGGUCAUCAGACUUCUGAACCUUCAUUGACAAGCCAGAGAAGUACCCCAAUUUACCAGUAUCCUGCAGAAACUAUAGCAAAAUCCACUGCUCAGCCACAACAUGAGGCUACAGGGGAAUUAACUUCCUCGUACUUGUUAAUCACCUCACUACCUGAAGGCAUUCAUUCAAGUAUAUUGCCUACCUCAGCAGGUUCUACACAAGUUAUUUUACCAGGUGAAAAAGAGUUGCAUUUAACUGAUUCAGUCACGCAGCCAUAUGUAUCAGGAGCUACUUCUGUUUUGCAGUCUACAGUCCCAGUUAGAACAACAGGUGACUUGAUUUUUGGCACCAGAAUUCUUCCUUCCUCACCAGAAGUACUUGCAGCUUCCUCUUCUUUAGCAACAAUUAAAAAAGAAACAUUUCCUUCAUUUUCCACACUAAAGGCAGGUACUGAUCUAAAAUUCACAUGGCAGGCCUCAUUUACUGAAUCACUUGAUUCAAGUAAAACACUUGAAACAACUACAACUCCACCAGAAUCUAAGUCAACCUCUUCAUUGGUUUUGUUACCAGAAACAACAGAAAGUCCUAUUGUGAUGGGGAGUGGGCCAUCCACAUCAACUGGCAAAAGUGGUACGGAGAAAACUGUGGUAUUGCCUAAGCAAGUCACACUUUCAACCACUGCCUACAGUUCCACAUUUCUAGCAAGUACAAUGUUGUCAGCUAUGGCCCAUUCAUCUGCUGCAGCUUCAGCCUCUUCAAUGAUAAGCAGUACUGAGCAAAACAUUAGUAUUGUAUCAGCAACUUCAGACAAAGCAGAAGCAGUAACAGAAUUCAUCACAAGCUCCGUGAAGCCCACCUAUUCUUCUUUUACUUCAGAAGCAAAAGGAGCCCUGCCCCUUGAUACAGUAAAAUCUGAAGAGCUAGAAUUAACAACAGAAGUCCAAGCCAUCCAUACUCAGCAUGCUACCAUUACCCCAGAAACACCUCAGACGUCUUAUUCUCCAUAUUUCACAAACAGAACUGCAGUUCCUUCUGAUGUAGGUGUAUCAGCACUGUCUACUAUACCUUCAUCCUCUGAACCAAAACCUUUUUCUUCUAUAGCUGCGUUAUCAGUCAGUACUACUCAAACUUCAAAACUUGAAAUAUCAUCUGAGGUGCAAACACCUUCUACAAGUUCGCUGCUAAUGAUAGCUGACCAUCCAAGUGACACAACAGCUCCAUCAGUUUCCUCGUUUGCCUAUUUAUCUACUGAACCACUUUAUGGCUUGACUACAACAACUUCUGAUGGACUGGCAACAGCUGAAGCCAUGUCAGGAGUCACAGCAUCAGCUUUUAUGCUGGCUAGAGAAACAGCAACUCUUCAAACUUGUACACCAAUCACAGAGAAUGAGUGCAUAAAACACAUUUGCUUGGAUGGACGACUGAUCCAAGUUAAUAAGUCGCAGAACUGCCCAUACAAUGCAACUCAACCCAGCUGUGGAGUUUUAGGAUUUGCUACUCAAAUGAAUGGUGACAAAUGCUGCCCAAAGUGGGAAUGUGCAUGUCGUUGCACAAUUUUCUCUGAUCUGAGCAUUGUAACCUAUGAUGGAAAUCAUUUGGCUUUAUUCAAAGAAGCAUCCUAUGUUAGUAAUUCAAAUUCAACUUCUUUGUGCUUGGCAAUGUUGAAUUUAACCUAUGUAUCAAACCAAAUUAUUAUCAAUCGUUUAAGUAGAAAAAUAACAGUAAAUUCAAGAUUUGCUUGGCCUACUGUUAGAAAAUAUGGGUACAAAGUCGAGGAUUCGGGCUACAAGUAUGCAGUUGAGACCCCAACAAAAAUCAGAAUUCAGUGGUUUCACCACACAGGUGUGAUGAUAAUUGAGUUUAAUAGUACCAGAGAACCAAGAGCUUUGGGACUAUGUGGUUUUUGUGACAGAAGCUUGGAAAAUGACCUGAUGCUACCCAACAGGACAGUUCUAAGCAAAAGUGACUCUCCAUCGACUUUUAUAGACAGCUGGCAAGUGCCAGACACGUUAAAGUAUGUUGGAGAAGACAGGCAUCAGGAAACUAAUUGCUCAGUCAUGGACUGCUCAGAAUGCUUAAGACUGGUGUUGAACCAGACCUUCAGCAGCUGUCAUCCUUACGUUCCACCUGAGCUAUUCUGUAAUAUAUGGGUUCAAGACACUGAGUACAUUCAAAAUCCAUGCAUUUCGUUAGCUGCCUAUGUGGCGAUGUGCAACAAAUUUAAUAUUUGUAUAGAAUGGAGGAGCUCUGAAUACUGCCCCUUCCCCUGCUCUGAAAACUUCUCCUAUCAGGCUUGUAUAGCUGCCUGUGAGGUUGCAGAUAGUUGUCAGAAUAGGGAGGUUGCUUCUCUGGACUCAGACUCCUGCUCAGUGCUGACAGAAGGCUGUGUCUGUGCUGGAGGGACCAUCCUUCACCGAGCUCACACUGCCGUCUGUAUUCCUGAAGAAAAAUGUGCUUGUACAGACAGCUCAGGAGCACCUCAUGCAAUAGGUGAGAUCUGGAAAACUUCUUUGAGCGGAUGCUGUAUGCAAAAAUGUGUUGACAGUGAGACCAUUAUUCCAGUGGAGUACAACUGUUCAGAUAUCCAAAAUAUAGACUGUCAGCGAUUUGCAGAAGUGGCCUUGCUUGUUCCUGGAGAUCAGACAUGUUGUCCUCAGAAGAUCUGUAUUUGUAAUCAGAGCCUCUGUGAACCCCUAAUCCCUGAGUGUAAUGGCUUGGAAAAGCUGGUCACUUACUACAGUGAAGAAUCCUGUUGUCCCAAUUAUGUUUGCGAAUGUGAUCCAGCAAAAUGUGAACCAAUGGAGCAGAUGCCAAGCUGUCAAGAUGAUCAAACACUAAUUGCUGCUCGGGUGGAGAGUACCUGCUGCAUUUCUUAUAUAUGUGCAUGCGGGGCUUGCUCUGAUCAAAUACCCAAAUGUCAAGAAGGAGAAGUUCUUAUUGUGGAUGGCAAUGCUACAGAGAGGUGUUGCCCUACAUACCAGUGUAUUUGUGAAAUACAUCGUUGUCCUGAAUUCAAAUGUAUGCUAGGCAUGUCUUUGGUGGAGGUAUGGAGCCCAGAGAAGUGCUGCCCCUUUCGGACAUGUGAAUGUGCAUGUGAAACGAUCCUCAAACCUCAGUGCAAACUGGGGCAGAAACUUCAGAUAGAUGAACAGUUUCAGAACAGUACAGAAAAUAUCUGUAACUGUGUUAAGUACAAAUGUGUGAGAGACAAAGUUUGCCUGAGUAAUGAGAGAGCUGUGCUGCUUCCUGGACAGACAAUCGUGGAACACAGUGCAGAUGGCAUUUGCCAUAUUUCUUAUUGUACAAACGUGAUUGAUCCCUCCACUAAAUACUACCAAAUAAACACGACUUCAAUAGACUGUGCUGUCAAGUGCAAAGCUAACCAAGUCUAUCAGCCUCCAAAAGAUUUGACAACUUGCUGUGGUAGCUGUAAGAAUUUGUCUUGUCUCCACACUUUCAGCAAUGGCACAGUUUCCAAUUUUAAGCCUGGUACUGUUUGGAUAUCAAACUGCAUCAGAUAUGAAUGCACUAACACAGCAAUAGGACCAGUUCUGGUUUCCACUUCAGUUGGCUGCCCACCCUUUAAUGAAACUGAAUGUGUGAAGGUUGGAGGCUAUGUUGUACCAUUCUUAGAAGGAUGCUGCAAAACAUGUAAGGAAGAUGGAAAAUUCUGUAAAAAGGUGACUGUUAGGAUGACUAUCCGCAAGAAUGACUGCAGAAGUAACACACCGGUGAACAUUGUUUCAUGUGAUGGAAAGUGCCCGUCUGCAAGCAUUUACAACUACAACAUCAACACAUACGCAAGAUUCUGCAAAUGCUGCAGGGAGCUUGGACUACAGAGACGAACUGUGCAAUUGUAUUGCACUAGUAAUUCAACCUGGGUCAGCUAUUCAAUCCAAGAGCCUACAGAUUGUUCUUGCCAAUGGUCUUAA